UAAAUUUACUGCUCCGUACUGACAUCAGCAAUUGAAUUGCCGUGUGAAAAUAUACAUAUAUAUCAAGGGCUGCCUAGUAGACAAAACAUACCAUUCAUCUUCAUCACUCAAUUUCAACCUCACAUCAUUCAAUUCCUUCUUCUACACCCAAUUCAUUCAUCUACCUCUUUCAUCAUCUCAUAUCCAACAUUUCCAACAUGAUUUCCACAAGAUCAGCCGCCAGACUAUCACUGUCUCAGGGCAGAGUAGCUCUGCGAGCCCCAAAACGCCACCAAAUUCGCUUCCAGUCAACCUCGUCUACCUCCUCAUCAUCAACCACUGCAGCUUCCAAUGGGUCAUUUGGAGCUGGUGUUUUGGGCGGCAUGGCCGGAGCAGCAAUCUUCUAUGGCAUUUACUCCUUCACUCCAGCUGGACGAACAGCAAGCAAGUUGAAUAAGACGGUGAAGGAAGCCGAGAAGAAGUACCAAGAAGCCGCCAAGAAGCUGCAGGAAAACACUCCCAGCGCGUCACAGGCAGUCGAUUCCAUCAAGCAGUUUGCCUACUCUUACGUGGGUUGGAUACCUGGGGGCCGCGGCUACGUGGAUGCGGCGUUCAAGGAUUGGGAGACUGUGAGAAAGGAGCACGGCGACGAGGCGGAUAAGCUGGUCAAUGAUGCAUACAAGCAGUUCCAGGACAUUUCCAAGUCGGGCCUGAGCCUUGAAACAGCUUCCCAGGCGUUUGAAGUCUUGGCGGACUUGGCGAGCAAGAUUGCCAGUCUUGCUGGAGAUGCGCUUUCGGAUGUUGUGGAUAAUCAUCCGCAGCUGAAGGAGAAGCUUGGGGGCAACAUUGAUCAGCUGAAGCAGAUGGGCGAGCAGUACGGCCCAGAGGCGAAGAAGCAGGUGGACGAGACGUGGCGUCAGGUCAAGGACAUUUUUGCCGGCGGAUUCAGCGCCUCGAGCCUGGCAAAGGCGCGGGAGCUCAUUGAUGAGAAGGUGAAGCAGGUGCAGAAGCUGGGAGACGAGGCGUGGAAGAAGGGUCUGGAAGAGGCCAAGCCGUAUCUUGAAAAGAGCCCCAAGAUUAAGGAACUGCUAGAGAAGAAUGGGGAUGCUUUGAAAAAGGGAAACAUUGGGGAGUUGUUCGGCAAGGUGCGUGACGCGGCCAAGUCGGGAGAUGUGGGUGACUUGGAGAGCUACAUCAAGCAAGCUGCGCAGAAAGUGAGUGACAAGGCUGAUGAGAGCGGAUGGGGGUCAUUGAACAAGUACAUGGACAAGAUUCCGCAGGGCAGCGAGAUCUUGAGCAAGUUGGAGGAGAUGGGACGGGUGGCGGAGGAGCACAAGGAGGAAGGGGAGCAGUUGCUGAAGGAGACGCUGGGGGAUAUCCAGAAGGUUCUUGAGGAGAAGGGGGAGAAGGCGAAGAAGAUUGCUGAUUCUGCGAAGAAGGAGACAAAGUCAAAGAAGGAGUAGGUUGUGUAUCGAGAUUGGAUUUGAUGUGUACAAUGUAUAAUAGAAGUUGGCUGGCAUGAUUAGCUUUUGGAUCAAAUGACCAGAAUAGUAGCCCAGAUUGGGUUUCAUUGGCCGGUAAACCUUGGAGAUAUGAGCCAUAAACAGUAAAAACUAUAAAC